AGCAUUUGUCGGUGUUGCACUGCAACUUAGAAAUAAGGCGCUGCUUCUCCCGCGCACGCGCACACACGAAGGAAAUCUCCGCAUAUAAACCGUGUACUUCUUUUUGUUUUUCUUUCCCCACAGCUGUGUCACCUCACGAUGUCCGGCGAGUGCGUUUACGAUUUGGUGGCCCCCAGCGGUCCCUCCGCCUCCGAGGCUGCGGCGCUACAAGCCAAGACGUCGAUGGGCACGAAGAAGAGUCGACGGGCACCGCCGCCCACCGCGUCCACGUUCGGCAUCCACGGCACGAGCGCGGUAGUGGCCAACGCCGGCGGCGAGUACACCGAUGCUUCAGUGCACCCGGCCCACAAGCCCAUUGGCACCUUCGGCCGCGAGGUCGGUUCGACGGUCACGCCCGUUGACUUCCUUCGCAAAAACGAUGGCCCGAUGACGGCCAGCCGCGGCGCACCGACGGUGAACACGACCAAGUUCAAGAAGAGUGAGUACAACCACGAAAAGACCAAGCCCGAUGUUCCGCUGCGCGACGAGCGUCCCGUGAUGGGGCUGAAGACGGACAAGAAUUUCGUAGUCGCCAACGCGGUGGAGAACACGAUGGCAGUGCCGACGAAAGCAGCUCCGGUGUCGCAGCCCCGCGCGACAGACAAGGAGGACUUCGGAAAGGUACCACAGUACAUUUCGGAGAUCAAAGAGGAUCUGAAUGCGCGCAAGCAGAGGAUUUUGGAUAUGGCCGCUGCCGACGCUGCGUCGCAGGAACGGUGGUCGGAGCUGUCCGCCAGUGAGCUUGCGCAGCUGCGGGAUGGUCUUCAGCGUCGUUGGGACACCUUGAACAAGGAGUACCAGUCGAAGGGCUUCAGCAACAUGGAAACUCCGUCCCAACGAGCGCGACAGGAACUUAUAGAGAAGCAGCUGGUGGCAGUCGAAUUUGCCGUUCAAAAGCUUAGCCGGCAGCACGUCUACGUGUUCGACGACAAGAAGUAA